GUCCACCGUUUCCCAGGCAACCCAGUGAAAACAAACAAAAGUUUUUAGAACCUUCAUUAUUGAUAAAUAUUUCAUUAUAACAUAUCAAGUUAGUAUUUACAUUAUCCCACAGCAACGGUAUGACUGAGGAGGUUUCUAUUGAUAACAGUUGGGUUUUCGAUUCACUAGUAUGUUUUCUAAAUGGACCGAUAUGGAAUGCUCCAUUGCAAAGCUUUAUUGAAGAAAAAUCUUUAAUUUUUGAACCCACGGAUCCAAAUAAUGUUGAAUAUAAGAACGUGUUUGACGAAUUCAAAAAUUUGGUUGAUUUCAUGUUGGGGAAUUUUAUGGAUGACAUCGGGAUAACACCGGAACAGUUUCAUGGUGCGUGUCUGGAGGGAAAGAAAUAUCAUGUGUCCUUCGAUCAUAAUCUGUUUGAACAAAUCUGGGCAGCAAACGACUACGACAUGUUUGUACGAAUGAUGACGCAAAAAAACGUAGAGUUGCAAUUGCAGGCGCUAGAGCUUAUAGAAAAGAAAUACGGCAUAACGCCGCAAUCUUUUAUUCCCACCAAAUCAGAAGAGCGAGUUCAACAGAUCCCUGUAAUUAUCGAACAAGAACCCGAAUCGGAGAAAGAAGUAAUUGCCGAAGUUGCUAAGAAAUUUCCCGAAGAAGAGUCACAACCUUCCGAAAUAGAAAUAGAAAGUCUUAUUGAGCAAAAGCCGUUACUCGAAAAAAAAUUGUUUGAAGCAAAAGAAUAUCAAUUAAAUAAUACGGAGGCAAACGAAAAUACCAACACUGCGCAAACUACCGACAAUCCGGUAAUUACUAUGCAAGAAAAGACCCCGGAGAUUGACGCGCUCGAAUUACGAAAACGGCAGGAUUACUUAAGGGCCCAAAGGGAUAAGUUAAUCGCCCUCAAAAAAGAAACCAGGCAAAAACAGUUGGGACAGAAUUCGAAAAGUAUGAACCGUCCGAAAUCGGCAAAGGCUGCCGAAGCGGUUUUAACCGGAGAAAAGCCUAAUAUCAAUUCCGGUCAAAUGCAGAUCCGGAAAACGCUAGCAGAACGACUUAAACACGAAGUUGUCGAUAAAAUUAAAAAGAAUUAAUAAUUUAAAAUUUAUGGAAUAAUUUUAAUACAACACAGUAAUUGUUAUGACUAAAACAAACACAAUUAAGUUCAACAAAAGUAGUCCAUCUUAUCUGUCCGCAAAAAUAAAUGAAAUUUAAAGAUAAAA